GGCAUUCUAUAGUUUUGGCCAUGGUACUUUAGCUAGCCUUGAAUCUAACCUAUUAGCUAUGUCUUUCAUUCAGCUAUCUGCAUCUAGGUUCGGCAGAGCUUUCAUUUGCCAGAACUUGGCUCGUAUAUGUCCAAGUGUAGCAUCGGUUCCAUUCCGAAGUUCUUUUGAGGACAUAUUACUAGGAAAAGCAACAUCUGCUUUCCGCUACUGCAGCAAUGAAUCUUCAUCAAAGUCUGACAGUGCUGGUGAAGAAGAUAAGGUAUCCAACACGAGUGUUUUUGUGCAAGAUGGACUGAAUAUUGAUGAGCUGCCUUGUAUUGUUCGUAUUGUUAGAGGAGAGUUCAUUGUAAACGACGGGGCCCAGACACGAAAAAGCAAAAAUGUGCUUGCACCUGGCAUUGAAAGCAAGUCUCCUACUGAACAUCAAAAGCCCAUCAACUAUGAAGAAGAAGUGGAAAUGAUUCAAGGAUUUUUCCGAUGUUCAACUCUCACUGAACUAUAUUUUCUCCUUUGUCAAUGUCCUGAAGACGAGGUUACGCCUCCUGUAGCUUUUUCUGUAAUUCGAAACAUGAUCCAGUUAGAGAAUAAUAAGAAAUUCCGCAAUCCAGCAUAUCGGUAUCUCCAAGACCAGCCUGAAGAAACUCCCAUCAGUGAAUUAAUGAAAGGUGCGGGAGCUAUGACACCCAUACCAGAAAACUUCACACGCGCUGCCGUUAUGGAGAGGCUCGUUGACAAAAUAUGCAAAGGAGCCGACACGGUUUUGGUGCUAGACACAGUGAAGGCGUUACGUAAGGACACCAGCAGCUGUGACAAAACAGCCUACAUCAAGCGGCUGUGCGACAAAUGUCUCAUUUUAGUCAGCGAAGGAAAGCUAACUGUGUCCCAGAUAGCAGCUUUAGCUCAAGAUCUUCAUCUAUUGAAAAGUGAUUUGGCUAAGUCAUACACCGACAAACUUUGGACUGGUUUAGAAGAGAACACAGAAGACCUUGACGAAAAUGAAGUUUCUGAGCUGUUUUCUAUGUUGCCUUUCAUCAGUCAGAGCCGCAAACAUGUCUACCACCUUGCUGAGAGACGAGCACUUUCUAUUUGGUACAAGUUCAAACCGGAUCAUAUCUUGCAAAUGAUAUGCAUUUUGGUCACGUGCCAGUGUAAUUGCUAUAGGCUACUCGGCGCCAUUUCACGAUGGAUGAAUGUCCACAUUCACACUCUAACAGAAGGUCAUCUUAGGUGGAUGAUGUUCGCUUUCAAUAAACUGAAUUUUACGAGCAGCAACCUACAAAAAGCCCUCACUCGCUACGCUAAGGCCAAAAAGUCAGUGAUUGCCGACCCUUCAUUGGUCGCAUCGCUGAUGGAUUACUCCGCUGCUAUGCGCUUCAGAAGCCCUGAAGUGAUGGAAAUGAGUGCAGCGUAUUUCAUAGCCAAUCACGCUAAGCUCAACGUUCCUGACAUCUACAGCAUUUGUCAGGCCUUUGGCUCCUUGAACUACGUUCCAAAAGAUGGCUUCACUUUCUUCAAAGUUCUUGAGGAUGUAUUGAACAAAAAUUUUGUUGCGUUUUCUCCGGACGCUUUCGUAGAUUUGCUCAUGACUUGCGUGUAUCUUGAGAGGUAUCCUCUGAACUUCAUUGACAAGGUGUAUCACCCUUUCUUCUUUCAGAGACUGGAGGUGCUCAGUCCUAACGAUAUUAAACAAACGCGCACUAAGCUCAGAAUCUUGGAUAAAGCUUUGAGUUUGGAAACAUCUUGCCAUAAGAAACGCGUGGUUUCCAAAUCUUUUGCUUCAAAUGGUUGGAUGUUUAGAGAUGUUCGAAUUGCCAAAUGUGUCAACCAAAUACGCCACGUCGUCGAAGAUAUCGCUGGCUCCGCUAACAGAGUCCACACAGCAGUAAGCCCGACAGGGUUUCCAUUCGUAAGCUUCUACAAAGUGGACUGCCUGGUAGAUCUUUCCAUUAAAAGUGAAGUGUUCGAAUCGCUUAUGCCUGAUGAUUGUAACGAAAGAUUCGCUCUGCUCAUUCAUCUUCCCGAACAUUACGAUGUGUCACGUCGCCAUUUCCUUGGUCCUCACGCAAUGAAGAUUAGGCAACUUAAUGUUGCGGGCUUCAAAGUUGUCAACUUAGACUACGAGAACAUCCAGAAAUUGCUCUUCAACUCUCCAGCUCUCAAAUCGUACUUGUUGAAUUCUAUGACUGAGGCCCUACGAUGAAUUCCCACAGAUAGCCAUUGGACGCGAGGAAUCGGACCAAUCUUGCAAGUGUUGCUGUCGGACGGUGACUGCCUUUCACAUUGUAAUCGAGAAAUAAUUUUAAAAUAGGCUUGAAAAAUAAUCACAAAAAGUUUAUAUUUUCAGUAAUCUUUUUUUCUAUGCACAGUAGUGCUCGGGUAUAACGUAUCACGAAAAAUUCAGAAAUUUUAAAUUUCUUAGAUCAAUUCAAUCUUAUUAUGUUUUCGUUUAAGCAGGUGUCAAGAUUCAUUAUAAUAGGUUUCAACAUUCACCGCUUGUGCCAUCGUCUACAACUAAGAUUUCGCGAGAUUUCUUAGCCAUGUCAUUUAUUUCGCCCUUUGACCUUGUUUAGAUACAAUUUAUGGGUUUUCUGUUGCGAUUAAAAUCUAUAUUUGUAAUACCGCGUAAUACAAACUCGG